CAUAAACACCUGAAAUAAUUUAUUAUUGAGCAAAUAUUUACGACAAUAAGUAGAAUCCUACCGCAUACGUUGACCUUAUGAGAUCUUUUCGCUAUAUAUGUCUGGAAAAUUCUGAGAGAAUUUAGUGUACUCAAACGGAAGUUUUUUAGGAUAUCUUCAGUGCAUAAAAUACAAAACACAUUGAAUUUCCGAUGAAUGCUUUAGUGUUUGCAAUCUUGGUUAGUUUAAGCAGUUUGAGCAUCAUCGCUGGAGAUGAAUUUGAAGAUACGUUUAUAAAAUUUUUUGAAGGCAUGUGUGAAAACGAAGAACAGAGGGAAGAGAAAACGCAGUGCUUAGAACAUUUUCCUGUAAAGGUAAGCGUUAUGGCUAUGACGAAAACUGCAUGUGAAGAUGUGGAAUGUGUAAUUAAAAAAAUGUGUGUUGAUAAAGACAUUAGAAAUGAAAUUGUUAGAGAGUUACAAGCCAAUCCAGCCGAAUUGGAUUUUACUGAUGAAAUGAGAGCAAAUGUACUGAGCUGCAUAAAGAACUUCGUGUAAUGGAAUAAGGAAAUUGCUGCCACUUCGUAUUUUGAAGCGAAUCUGCAUUUUUACUCAGCUUUAUGAUUUAUGUUCAUUUUAUUGUUAAAACUCUUUUUUUAAAUUUCAUAUCAAAAUAAACAGUUCAGCAUGACUUC